AUGGAGGAGUCGACAAAUUCAAAGGAGUGCAUGACACUGCCUCAACGACCUCCAACGCUUGCCAUGCACGACAAUUCGCAUGCUAUCACGAAGUUGAAGCCAAAGAUAAGAAUAGUGCACAUAUUUGCGCCCGAGAUAAUAAAGACCGAUCCUGCCAAUUUCCGGGAGCUCGUGCAGAGGCUCACAGGGAAGCCCACAAAGAGAACUGCCGCUAAGAAAAAGACUAUUCCCGUGACGAUUAAUGGAGAGGCACUGCCAAGGUGCAAGCGAUUUGAGGUUGUGGGAUCACAGCAGGAGAACGAGAAUUCGGGGGGUCGAGAUGGAGUAAAGAGGGAGUUGGAGGAGGAGGUGGAGGUGGUGGAGAAGGAGUUGCGGGUUGAGAACAACACAGGCGGUUUCUUCCAUGAUUUGGGAGAAAUUGAUAGUUUUCUUCAAGGUCUCAGCGAUCUUCCAUUGCCUCCUUUAAGUUCAUCUCCCAUGGACACGAUUGGAGAGGGUACUGUUCCUGAAAUAAUAUGA